AUGUGUUUUAGCCAACUUGUGGAGAGAAUUCCCCCAGCUCAACCACCGCAGCCCACACAUGCCCACCAGUUCCAGUAUCAGCCACGGGCCCACCAGUUUCCGUAUCAGCCACAGGCCCACCCAUAUCAGUAUCAACCGCAUCAGUUUCAUGUGCAGCAAGUCAACAAUCAGUUUCAAGUCAACAAUCAGUUCCACAUGAACAUGCCGCGGCAGCAACCCUACCCGUAUGGCUCGCCCAUUGCAUAUGGUGCCACUGCUGCAGGUAUACCAGUAUUGCUUCCGGGAGACCAAAUUUCAUGCAAGACGCGAGCCAAUGGGACAUUCAUUAUUCCACGAGGAGGUUUGCGCAACUGGUUUAAUUACCAAAAACUCAAAUACAAGAAUAAUGGUUUCAAGGAUGAUCAGGAUGAUCAGGACAAACUAGCCAGACUCCUUGGAAUUGGGGCAUUUCCAUCUACCCAGCCUCCUGCUCAGCCUCCUGCUCCCACUCAGCUCCCUCCUGAGUUUCCAGCUCAGCUCCCUGCUCAGCCUGGAGCUCAGGUUCCUGCUCAGCCUCCAGCUCAGCUCCCUGCUCAGCUCCCUCUUGAGGUUUCUGCUCAGGUUCCUGCUCAGCUCCCUGCUCCAGCCCCCCCUCAGCAUCGUGUGGAGGUCUGUGUUGCUCCUGCUCGGGCUCGCCCCCCAGCCAACCUUUCUGCUCCAGCUCGGAUCCCUCCUCAGCAUCCUACUGAGCCAGCUGCGGAGCUCCUUCCUCAGCCUCCUGUGGAGCCACCAACUAAUCCUCCAAUUGCUGCCAUCCAGGAACACAACAGUGAGCCCACUGUGAAUCAUCUUAUUGCCUCAAUCAGGAAGAGUUACUCUGCCAACUUGAAUGCUGGAGGAUCCAACAAGACCAAAAUUGAUCCUCCAGUAGCACCCCCAUGGGAUGACCACUUCAAAGAGCUGCAAGAAUUCGAAUUUGAUUCCACCUGGAAACAAAAUUUUGUGGGACUGGGUUAG